GCCUAGAUUCAUAACUUUCUAAAACCGUGAGCGUCUCUCGUAUUAGGACUAACGGCGAAACUUAUCUCCUUCACAAAAGUCGUGAAUACAAUUCGGAUCGGCAAACUGACCACGAAAGGUAUCUCCCUCUUGAAGGUUGCCAAUAUUAUUCGGCUGACAAGCGUGACUCUUGAAUUCCGUGGAGCACCUGAAUGCAGCAAAGGAUAUCCGCCCACACGUCGUCCACCUCGACUCUGUCGGCUUCAAGUUUCAAUUUUAGUUGAACAGCACACGAAGAAGACGAAGGAAAAUGUAUGCCACUUGUUGAAAACAACGCGAGGGCAGCCGGUGGGCAAGGGUGAUGGCACAGUGAUGGCAGAGCUCCAGAUAGACCAAUCGAACUUACCCCGGGUUCAGGAAGUCUGCCAGAGCUUCGCUGUGUUGGAAGAUGGAGUGUUGGCACACACACUCCAGGAGCAGGAAAUCGAGCAGUACUACACCACCAACAUUCAGAAGAGCCAGCUGGUGCAGAAUGACAUCCGUGUAGCCAAGCAGCUUCAGGAUGAGGAGGAGCAAAAGCGGGCCUUGCAGAGAGCUGUGCUAAGACAAGAGUCCAGACAACUAGAGGAGCAGGACCAUGAGUAUGCCUGUGUAAUCCAGGAAGAGAUUCGGCGGCGGGCUGAGGAGGACUGGAGGAGGGAGCAGGAUGAUGAGGAAAUGGCUAAACAGAUGCAGGCUGAAGAAGAACGGAGGAUGAGGAGAGCCAGAGCAGAGGAGGAGCGCCGUGAAGGCAGCUCCAGUGAUUCUGCAUCGUCGUCACCAAGGCAACGCGCACUCAGCAGACGUCGUCUGAGUCAAGCGCAGGACUCGCAUAUCACCGCUAGAUGGCAAUAUUGUAAUUCUCCUAACUCUUCAGAUUACUACAACAGGCCUCCACCGCCUUACUAUCCGAGAACGGUGGCAGUAGACCAAACUGCAACUUCGUGGUCAAAUGAAGGGCACGCAUAUUCCCGCGGGCAACUCAUGGAAGAAUUGGAAGAGUCACUCCAUGAAAACUCAGUUUUCUUUGAACAAAGACUAAGCAAAAGACACAACACAGCGCCUCUCCAUCGCAGAUCAUCUUUACGUUUACCUUGUGAAAGAAACUACAGGAGUCUUCACACACCCAGCAGAAUUGCUGAGGAGAGUGAUGGAUGGGAGCAGUAUUAUGACAAUGGUGGUCAAGAAAAGAGAAGGGCUGGUGAUUGGGAACAGGAAAUGAACAAUUGCGUAGAAAACGGGACACAGUCAAUAUAUGAUGAUCAGAACAGAACCUCCGGGUCGUCCAAGGCUUGUGAACAACGGUGGCGACGCAGCAAAUCCGUCCGGAUUCCUGUUCGCUCAAGACACGGUGGCAGUGACUCUUCCAGGACGUGGAGCUACAGAGAGAACACUGACAAGCGCGUCCACUUUGCAGCAGAUGCCGAGAGCGCCGACGGACACCCGAAUGCAGGCAGUCGGGUUUGGGAGAUGCUCGGCCACGUCCUCAGAGAGCGGGGCGUACCUGUGAGCUUUGGGAGUAGUGGAGCUCCCCUGAAAAUCGGCAGGCAAAGUCAAGAUGGUCGAACGGAACUUCACGGGAGCGACCCUCAACCUCAUCCGACACAAUUUAAAAGAUCUGCCUCCUCAAGGCACAGUUUCCAUGGUGAUAUGAGGCAGUGGAGAUUAACUCGCCGGGAGAGCAAAGGGUCUGAAAAUGGUCAGCAGGAAAAUGAUGCGCUUGGUGACAUCAGAGGCACUAGAAGGUGGGAGCGCCCGAACCUGGACAAGGGGAGCGCUACCAGCGAAGGCUUGGGCGAGAGGUUGACAGGCAGAAACUGGCACAAAACCAUAAAAGACCGUUUGAGUUCAGAAGAGGAGGUGGAAAGGAAAGCUCCGCGAAGAACCCUCAGCGCCAGCUGGGUGAGGUCGCGACUCAUGGCAGCAGGAGCAUCACUGGUGCCUAAAAAGAGGCAGACGAGCCUGGACUUGGGCGACCUGCAGCAGGUCUUGUGUGAUGAGGAGCUGGCCCGCAAAUUGCAGGAGCAAGAGAGCAAGUUGUUGACAAGGACCUCUCAGUCUAGGCAAUAUAAUCAUUCCCCUCAUGGGGACUUCCGGGUAGCGCAGGUGGCCCAAGAUGAGGAAAUUGCUCGCUAUAUGCAAAAGCAAGAGAUCAAGUCAAAUCGACUAUCACGCCAGAUGGAAGGACCAGCGUCAUGGCGGGAGCACCGAGCCAUGAUGAGUCAUCACGACCGCAGAAUGGCACGAGAGAAAAUGAUGCAGAGAGAGCGGCUGGACUCGGAGGGGCUCCCUUCCCCCACUGAGGACUACUCACCUGAGAACCAGCCUCCCAGCCCCAUUUCCACACUAGAACAAUCCCAGCAAGUCCGAAACAUUGCAGAAGACUUGGACCCGACCUUCCAGGCCAAGAGCCAAGAAGCAGACAUCCUCCAAACGGGUCAAAACGGCACAGCCCGCCAGUCGCUUCCCGACGUGCAAGACUUACUCGGUGAGGCCACCUUCAUCCCACCCACCAAGCGUCAAAAGGACAAAGCGGGACGCACUAAAUCCAAAGAAAAGAAGGAAAAUUGUAAGCAACAAUAAUGUUCAAAAAAUGAACACUGCCUUUUUUUUUUUUUAAAUCACUUUUUUUACACUACAUGCAAUUUUAGGGGCCGUUUACAUGGUAACUCUCCGAGAAUACGAAAAAUUUCAAAUUUGCAUUUGCGUCUCCAUUUGAACAAUGUCGCAAUUCCGCAUGAAAACGAUGUAGUAUUCAUGCCAGGCCCUAGGGGGCAGUGCAGAUUUACAGGGCGACAGAGAAUGAUGCACUUUGACCCCACCAAGCUCCCUCAGCCCGGAAAAAAAUAUGCCCGCCCACUCGAAGCAAUGUCCUUUUUCUUUUGUUCAAAAAGGCACAAAAAUUGAAACGUUCAACAUAUAUAAUUUAAAAAUAUUAUUAAAACAAUAAAUUAAAGCCGACAUUCCGCCAUAUUUGCUGUUUUUAAUGUUCAGUAGCACCGCUGGGCACGCCCAAUGUGACGUGUACAAGUGCUGACGUUAAUGGCGCGGUCUCGCGCCACAGGAGCCUUUGAUAUGCAUGCCGAGGAAGCCCCCCUCAACCCCCUGCAAUCGGAUUCUUCCACUUUGGAGGCAGGAUUCAGAAUUUUCCGUCUUCGCCGACGCCAUAUGCACGCGAGGCGAGUCCGCUACACAGUCAUUGCGUCUUUGUGUCGCAGAGUCGCCAUGUAAACUGCCCCUUACACUCAUCAAUAGUUUUGUAAACUGCAAUCAUUAGCUUAGUAACCCCAGCAGCACUUUAGAGCAGGAAAGGUUGGGAGACGAUAUGUUUUGUAUUCUUCCUGUAAAAAAUAAAAGGGAAUCCUGCCAUGCA